CUGAGAGCAGAAACUUGUGGGGCCUGCAUCGGAGCUCACCUUCUUACGGUGGUCUUUAUUACCAUGCCGUUGUAUGAAGGCCUAGGGAGCGGCGGGGAGAAAACGGCAGUCGUGAUAGACCUGGGAGAGGCUUUUACCAAGUGUGGAUUUGCUGGAGAAACUGGUCCAAGAUGCAUAAUUCCUAGUGUGAUUAAAAAAGCUGGUCUGCCUAAGCCUAUCAAAGUUGUUCAAUAUAAUAUCAAUACAGAAGAAUUGUAUUCCUACCUAAAGGAAUUCAUCCACAUACUGUAUUUCAGGCACCUGUUGGUGAACCCUAGAGACCGCCGGGUUGUGGUUAUCGAGUCAGUGCUGUGUCCUUCCCACUUCAGAGAGACACUCACCCGGGUUCUUUUCAAGUAUUUUGAGGUUCCAUCUGUCCUGCUUGCUCCAAGUCAUCUAAUGGCUCUUCUGACACUUGGGAUAAACUCUGCUAUGGUCCUGGAUUGCGGAUAUAGGGAGAGCCUGGUGUUACCUAUAUAUGAAGGAAUCCCAGUACUAAAUUGUUGGGGAGCACUCCCCCUAGGAGGAAAAGCUCUUCACAAGGAGUUGGAAACUCAGCUACUGGAGCAGUGUACUGUUGACACAGGUGCUGCUAAAGAACAGAGCCUUCCCUCUGUGAUGGGUUCAAUUCCAGAAAGUGUCUUAGAGGACAUUAAAGUGCGCACUUGCUUUGUAAGUGAUCUGAAACGUGGAUUAAAAAUCCAAGCAGCAAAAUUUAAUAUUGAUGGGAAUACUGAGCGUCCCUCACCACCUCCAAAUGUUGACUACCCAUUAGAUGGAGAGAAGAUUUUACAUGUUCUUGGAUCAAUCAGAGAUUCAGUUGUGGAGAUUCUUUUUGAACAAGAUAAUGAAGAGAAAUCAGUUGCCACUUUAAUACUGGAUUCCCUUAUACAGUGCCCAAUAGACACCAGAAAGCAACUAGCAGAGAAUUUGGUAGUCAUAGGUGGCACAUCUAUGUUGCCAGGAUUUCUCCACAGAUUGCUUGCAGAAAUAAGGUAUUUGGUAGAAAAACCAAAAUAUAAAAAAGCACUUGGCACCAAGACAUUCCGAAUUCAUACUCCACCUGCAAAGGCUAAUUGUGUGGCCUGGUUGGGAGGAGCUAUUUUUGGGGCACUGCAGGACAUACUUGGGAGCCGUUCAGUCUCAAAGGAGUAUUAUAAUCAGACAGGCCGUAUACCUGAUUGGUGUUCUCUUAAUAACCCACCUUUGGAAAUGAUGUUUGAUGUCGGGAAAGCUCAGCCACCGCUGAUGAAGAGAGCCUUUUCCACUGAGAAAUAAAAUUUGAUUGAAAUUCAACUUUGCUUUGUAUCAAGUAAUCAAUUACAAGCAAAUUGUACAAAGUAUACAGGAUGCUGUUAGAGAUGAUUUUAUGGAAGUGAAAGCAUUUCUGUAGUUACUCUUUGCAUUAAUAUUUAAUUCUUUUGACUGUUGUAGUAAAAUAGUAGCUGAUGCUUAUGAAAUUUGUUGUAUUUAUAUCAAUAAAAUACAGUAAAGCAG